AUGUCUUCGGUUUCAAAUAAAAAUAAUAAUUCAUCUAAUACAAAUUUGGGAUCUACUGAUCAACAUACAUCAUCAUUAUUUAUCAAUAUUCAACAAUUACAAACUGGUAUUCAAGUACAACAUCAACAUGAAAAAGAGUCAUUAAACGAAUUGAAUCAACGUUUUCAUCAUUCUAUCGAUCGUGUUCGUUUGUUAGAAUCACAAAAUUUAAAAUAUCGUACAAAACUUACAGCUAUUCGAAAACAACCAUUCGAUGAUAAUGAUAUAAAAUCGAUUGAACAUUUUUUCUAA